UCGCAUUUAUCGAGAACUUCGAAUCUAGACGACUACUUUUCAGUUUAUCACACACCCGCAGCCUUCUCUCGACAGAAGACUGCCUUUUUUGCUUCCACCCCGCCCAACUUUUUCAAUAAUUUCUAGGUCGAGCUGCGCUUGAUCUAGAUUCUUUUCUUCUUCUUCAACCGCAAUCAUGGCUGACAAGGGACUCGAGGAUGUCCCCGAGGGACAGAUCGAGUCCAACUACGAUGAGACUGUCGACUCUUUCGACGACAUGAACCUCAAGUCUGAGCUCCUCCGUGGUGUUUACGCCUACGGUUUUGAGCGUCCCUCUGCUAUUCAGCAGCGUGCUAUCAUGCCUGUUAUCAAGGGCCACGACGUCAUUGCUCAGGCCCAGUCCGGUACUGGCAAGACCGCUACUUUCUCCAUCUCCGUUCUCCAGAAGAUCGACCCUGCUGUCAAGCAGUGCCAGGCUCUGAUUCUGGCCCCUACCCGUGAGCUGGCCCAGCAGAUCCAGAAGGUCGUUGUCGCUAUCGGCGACUUCAUGAACGUUGAGUGCCACGCCUGCAUUGGUGGCACCAGCGUCCGUGAUGACAUGAAGGCCCUCCAGGACGGCCCUCAGGUCGUUGUCGGUACCCCCGGCCGUGUCCACGACAUGAUCCAGCGUCGCUUCCUCAAGACCGACGCUAUGAAGAUGUUUGUCCUCGACGAGGCCGACGAGAUGCUUUCUCGUGGUUUCACCGACCAAAUCUACGACAUCUUCCAGCUCCUUCCCCAGUCCACCCAGGUUGUCCUGCUCUCCGCUACCAUGCCUCAGGACGUCCUUGAGGUCACCACCCGAUUCAUGCGUGACCCCGUUCGUAUCCUUGUCAAGAAGGACGAACUUACCCUGGAAGGUAUCAAGCAGUUCUACAUUGCUGUUGAGAAGGAGGAGUGGAAGCUCGACACCCUGUCUGAUCUCUACGAGACCGUCACCAUCACCCAGGCCGUCAUCUUCUGCAACACCCGCAGAAAGGUCGACUGGCUGACUGACAAGCUGACUGCCCGUGACUUCACCGUCUCCGCCAUGCACGGUGACAUGGACCAGGCUCAGCGUGACCUGAUUAUGAAGGAGUUCCGAUCCGGUUCUUCUCGUGUCCUGAUCGCCACCGACCUUCUGGCCCGUGGUAUCGAUGUCCAGCAGGUUUCCCUGGUCAUCAACUACGAUCUCCCCGCUAACCGGGAGAACUACAUCCACCGUAUCGGUCGUGGUGGUCGUUUCGGCCGAAAGGGUGUUGCCAUCAACUUCGUCACCGCUGACGACGUCCGCAUGAUGCGUGAGAUUGAACAAUUCUACAGCACCCAGAUCGAGGAAAUGCCCAUGAACGUUGCCGACCUGAUCUAAGCAAUAUUUCCCCGUCAUAUCCAAGUUUUUUCACCCGCUUCGGGCUACCCUUGUUGGUAUUGCGUAGCCCUGUUUAUGGUAGUUAAGGCAUUCGUGGGAGGGAAAUCGUUCCAAAAGGUGUUUUUUUGAACCUAGCUGCUGAUAGAUUCACAUUUCUAGAGGGGGCCAUCCGAGACGGCAUUUGAAAAAGCCGGUUCUCAAAAGGGGGAGGUGACUUGCAAGGGAAAAAAAGGGGGGCAGUAUUGGCUGCGUGACGAAGGCUCAGGAAGUCCUUUGCACCUUAAUGAUAUGAAGGUGCGGCGGGCAACC